AUGGCGGGCGAGGUCCCCUCCGCUCCCGACCCGGGGGAAGGUGCGGCGCUCUCGGGCUUGGCCGGGGAAAGAGAAAAGUUGGGGUCUUCGGUCAGCGCCUUGAUGGACACCCCGGAGCCCGCGGUCAGUGUGGGCGAGGACCCCAUGGACGAUUUAUCGGUACUCCCUUGUAACGUUUCCAACGACGAGUUCCUCCUGGACUCCGGUUGGGAGAUGAGGAAGGAGUGGGACCUCUCCAGUAGCCUCUCCGCGAUGCUCACGGGCACGGUGAUGACCGACGUCUUCUUGCUGCCGGGCAAAGCCACCAUGGAGGAGUUCCUGGUGUCCCGCAGGUACGCCAAGGAGGAGGCCUGCGAGGGGUCGAUGGUCUCCGACCCGGACACAAUGGAGGAGGCGCGGGUCUCCACCGAGAAGGAGUCCAUGCUGCUCGUCGGGGUUUUCGAGGACGGCGAGACUCCGGAACUCCCGGGUACGGCCAUGGCAGAGGAGGCUCGGGCGGUCCCCACGACUGACCCCCCGGUGGCCCCCGGGGCCCCGCCGCCCCCGGCUCGCCUGUGUGACGUGGCCGGCGUGCCCUGCCCCUCGUGCCGCCGCUAUGUGCGGGCGCGGCGCCUGCGCUACCACCGGGAGCUGCACGGGGCCUACACCCGCCUGGGUUUCGACGCCCGGGAGGAGACGGGCGACUUGAGCGCCGUCAGCGACCGGCGCUGGAACCUGGUCGCCGAGCAGCUGAGCAGGAAGACGUGGAGCCGCGACGCCCUGUGGCGGAUCGACGCCGCCUACGACCUGCUGCGAGCUUACCUGCGCUCCCGGUGGCCCUUCCUCACCCGGCGGGAGCGGCUCGCCCCGCACUGUGAGCACGACUGGCCUCUGCCGUCGCCUCAGCCCGGCAGCUGCCCAUUCCUCACCCGGGGGCUGUGCCAGGACAGGAACGCCGCUUGGAGGACCGAGCUGGAGGACUCGUCCGCCUUCCUGCCGAGUUACGGCGGCAGGAGCGACGCCUGGUUCGUCGGGCUCUUUGGCGGUAACCACGGGGCCUCGGCCGCGCGGCUGUCGUCCGUCGAGCUGCCGCCGCUCGUGCUGGAGCAGUUGGUAACGGUCGACAGUUCCUUCGAGUUCCCGCCCGAGCAGCGCGACAUGGUCUCCGGGUUCCGAGUGCUGUUCAGCAGUGACCAGCGGCCCGGGCCCCAGGACCCCGAGCCGGGGCCGCCCUCCGGGGAGGACGAGACCAGCCGGCGGUACUACUCCAUCCACCAGGCUAUGGCCAGGGCCUUCCUGAGGAUGGACAGGAUACUGGCGCUGGGCCGCCACGAGAAGUCCAAGGUGCGCUGGAGCGGCUGCUCGGUCGCCAUCUGCCUCAUCGAGGCCGUGAAUCCCGAAUGGUCCGACGAGGAGGUCGGCGGCCUCAGAGCCUCCGCUGACCUGCCCCGUGAAACUGGUACAGUGCACCUCGCCAAUGCAGGUGAUGUACAAAUUGUCUUGUGCAAAAAUGGAAAAGGCUACCGUUUAACUGAAAAGCAUGAUACAUCAAACUCUAAUGAACGAAAGCGUAUUCUUCAGACUGGUGGACAAAUCAGUAAAAAUAAAAAAUAUGGGCUGGUGGAUGGACGUAUACAAACAACACGGGGACUUGGAUACCUUGGAGACGAAAUGUUAAAAAAAUGUAUUAUACCAUUUCCCUAUACUGCCUCUGUCCCCAUUGAUCCUUCCUGUCAGUUUCUUAUUCUUGCUUCAGGUGGAUUUUGGAAAGUGCUGUCUAUACAACAAGUUAUUUCAAUUUCAUUGCAAGUGCUUUCUUUUUACUCAGGAUCUUUUGAGGCAGCUUCUCAAGAGAUUUACAUUAGUUUAUCAGUGGAUUCAAUACUUAACAGAUAUUUAGAAAAUGAUGUUGAUCCGUCAACCAAGGAAGAUUUACUUCAACAACUUUCAAUAAAUGAGGAAGAGUUUGAAUCUGUUGAACGUUUACUUGAGGAGCUUUCAACAUAUGAUCAAUACUCUGACCUUGACUUGAGUGUGGAAAGUAUAUUGCAUGAGCUUAUGGAAAAAAAGGAUGAAAAUGAUGACAGGCCAAUCAUGGAACGCUUAAUUGGCUUUUUACAAGAUAUAGAAAAAAGUAGGACAACAAGCAGGAUAUCUACAGAUGAAUCUAUUUAUCUGCUUUCACCAAACCAAGAACAAAAUCACUUUAUAACAUCGAAGGAGAUUUCGCCAAUUCAGGAACAAAGUGAAAUCAGCGUACCUGAGAAACACUCUACUUUGGGGGUUUUAAACACCAAGGAACAUAAUAACAGGACGUCAGUGGAAGAUUUUGACAAGGAACUUUCAACAAAAUUAGAAGGCAAUGAUAAUAGGUCAGCUGAGGCUGCUUCUACAGUGGAAGCACCAGCAAAUGAAGAAAAUGAUAAAAAUACAUCUGUAGACCAGUCUACCAAGGAGCUUUCACCCAGCAAGGAUAAGCACCCAUCUGUGUCGUAUUCCAAAUUGUUGCCAGGAAAGGAAGAAGACAAAAUAGAUGAGAAUAGAUUACCUAUGAAUGCUGCUAUUGAGGAACAGGACAAUUUGAUAUCUGUGGAACAUUUUUCCAGGUUAUCAUCCAGAGAGGAAGGUAAAGAUACCGGGACACCUAUGAAACAUUCCACUGAGGAGGUGUUACCCAGUGAGAAACAUGCAGAUAACAAGGCAUCUGUGAGGCAUUCUGCUACAGAACUCUCACCCAGAGAGCAACCAAAUGAUACCAAGAUACUUAAGAAACAUUCCAUACAAGAGGAACACAGUGAUGGUGGGACAUCUAUUAAACAGUCCACUGAAGAGCUUUCACCUGAUAAGGAACCCAGUAACAUCAUGAUGUUUACGGACCAAGAAUUUGUAGAACUUUCUCCAAAUGAGGAAUCUAUUCACAAUGAUAGUGGAGAGGAUAUAACCAAAGAAUCAAAUAAUCUACAAGAAUCGGUAUUGUUGGCAUCAGAAACACCAUCUGCCGAAAAAAGUGAUGUUGAACAGCUGAAUGAAGAGCCUCGUACUGUGACUGGGUGGGAAAAUAUGAAUCUUAAGGGUAAGCCAACACCUAAAAUAACAAAACAAAAAUGGUAUGAAAUUAUGGCAAAUUUGAUCAGCAAAAGAUUAGUUCAGGCUGCAAAAGAAGCAGGAUCUCAUGAAAACAUAUCAGUACUCAUGCUGUUGUUUCCUGGAUGCGAAAAGGCAUAUUUUACUGAAGCCACAAUGGAAGAUAGAGAUGUACAGGACUGAAAAAGACCAUUGGGGCCCAUCUGGCAUAACAUUUGUUCAACUGCUUGUCAAAUGGUAUGUUUGAAAGUCACUUCAACUCAAUAUAUAGCUCAGUAUAAUCAAACGUGAUAAAAUAUUGUUUAAUUUAAAAAACAGUUUUUAAACAUGCAACUAAAACACUGCAUAGGUUUUUCUGUUUAUUCAUUUUUACAUUGUAAAACACAGGAAUAUCCAUUAGAAACUAAAUGAGUAUGCUG